AUGGCCAACUCGAACGUGGGACAGUCCUCCGCCACGGAUCAGACUGUCAACACCGCAUCUCAAUACCCUGACCCCACUGUUGCAAGCGGAUCUUACAGUGCAUAUGGAACUCUUCCAGGAUCCCAACCUUCUCCAUAUGGCGCCUUUUCUGGAACACAAGCUUCACCAUACGGAACUUGGCCCGGGACCUCCUGGAAUAAUGCCAGUCAAGCAACCACUGCGGAGUCCGCACCUGGAUCUUCGGGACAGUUGGGAACAAACGCCGCGGCGGAGCCUAACCUCACGGAGUCGCAGCGAUUGAUGCGCCAGUUUCAGGCUCGACAUGAUGAGCCAGGUCGAGUCAAUCCUGUUCAGGCUGCUUGGCACGAGGAGCUACCUGACAUUACACAUGCUGGGUACGGUCGAUACGAGGCGAGAGAGGCGUUUUAUGAUGCGCAGCUGCCGUUGCAGGAAAUGAUUUACGAGGCUCACCACCGCGAAGAGGACUUGCAGUUUGACGAUGAACCAUUCGAGGCGGAUCCUGCGUCGGCAUUGGAGGAACCCGAGUUACCUGCUCUCGAUGAGGCAAGCACUCAGAGCGUGCGUGGUAGAGGUGCCAAACGUGGACGACCGCGCGGACGCGGUCGGGGAGGGUGGCGACAGCUGCUGAAAGGUACCGAGCACGAAAAAGUGGGCAAGAUGUCAAAGACCAGCGAUGAGGUAAAGGAGCGAAGACCUCGAGGUACGGGUCACAGAGCCAAGCUUGGGCGCAAAAGAAGGGCGCCGGACCCCGGGCAUGUCUUCAAAGAUUAUAUUGCGCGCGCGAGCAAGCACUAUUUUGAGGACCAGCUCGACAUUGCGGCGGACUUCUGUCGACAGGCCAUUGGUAUCAAUCCGGAGAUAUUCCAGGCCCACUCUCUUCUCUCUGAAAUUCUCAAGAAGCAAGGACGAGACGAUGAUUCUGUUCAAGCCUUGUGGUUCGGUGCGAUCACAAUUCGCAAUCCCGAUAUCUGGGUCAUGGUCGCCGAAAAGACCCUCGAAAUUGCUGGCGACGUCCGUUCACAAGAUCAUCUCCACACGGCGAUCGAAUGCUAUAGUGAGGCAAUCAAGUUGAAUAAGAGCCGGGAUAUUGAACUGCAAUUGCGCAUUGCAAAGUUUGAGCUGUACAUGGAGCUGGGAAAUGUCAAGUUCUCUCGCCUGGAUUGCAAGAACAUUCUCAAAAAUUGGCCUGAGAAGACGCAGUAUGUGCGCGAGUUUGCCCUCUUGUCUGCCUCUUCCACGGACACAGGAGAAAUGAAGAGAGCACUCGAGGCGUACGACAAGGCUUUUGAUAUCUACAAGGACAGUGAGACGUUUGGUGAUGAAGAUGAUGAAACGGAGCCGUGGGAUCACCUCAACAUCUACCUCGAGUUGAUAUACAAUGCAGGAGACGCGAGGGAGGGACUGGCCCUCGCCAAGCGGUAUUCGAGAUGGUUCAUUGGUCGGAAAGAUGAGACGUUCUGGGAUCGCUAUGUCGAGGAUGACCGCGAGUGGGACAUGCCAAACGACAGACGGGCAUACGUUGCAGAGUUCCAGCAGGGGAGAUGCAGUUUGGACAAGUCCAAGUACGGCGACGGUCUGCCCGUCGAUAUUCAUGUCUGCAUGGGCCUGUUCUGGAUGAAGCUCGGCUUUCAGAACAAAGACCAGGCGAUGAGGCACUUUAGAGCUCUGUUCGAGUACGAGGAGGAUGUUGACGAGUAUCACGACAUGUUCCUCCAAGCAGCCAACGCCUUGCGAUAUGCCGGACAUCUGCUCGAAGCAGCGGAGUUCUACGACGUCAUCCGCACCGUCUCCAAUCACAUGAAGCACAACCUCGAUGAGAAAGUGUGGAUGCAGCUGGGCACUUGCUAUCAAGCUUUGGAGCGCCCGGCUCCCGCUAUGGAAUGCUUUGAGAUUAUCGUCGGUCGGAAUGGUCACAAUUAUGCCAAAGCUGGAGCGCUGUUGGCGAAGCUCUACGAAGAUGCUGGAGAAACGGACAAAGCGAGAUUUCUCUGCAACGACAUUAUCCGAUUGGGACGCAAGGACUUGUUGAAAGACGCCAAGAUCAAGAUGAUCCCGACCAACAACCAGUAUGCAUUCGCACCGGUUCCUGCAGAGUGGACGCCGCAGCGCGCGCCACCCGCGAAUCAGCAGCCGUACGUCAAGAAGGCGCCGGCUUGGAACAAAGCUGGAAACGUGCUGAGGGAGCUGCUGCCUGUCGGAGGGCUGGCAGCGCUUCCGGGUGCAACUAUUGAGCCUUCGGCAGCUCCGAGUGAUGGUCCUGCGAAAGCAAUUGUCCCGGUCAAGGAGAGGAAGAAGCGUGUCAAGAAGCGAGACAUUGUGGGCAUGCUCACUGGUGUCGAGGGAGAAGAGCAGUCGACGGAUGGUACCCCGAAGCGUCCCAGAUUGAGGAAGCCGACGACCGCAAUCCCGGGUAUACAAGCGGCACGCAAACUCGAGCGCGCUCGUCAAGCUGAAGAUGCCGAAAUGCGGACGCUCGCCAGCUAUGCCGUACUCCAAACCCAUUGGCCCGCAUUCAAGGAGGGCAAUAACGAGGAAGCAGUCGAGCACUGGGUGUCUGCAGCCACCAGCAUGCUCGAAGACUUCGCAUCGAUGAAGGUCUUCUUCCCCGACCGCGACCGCAAUAUCAAGCUCAAAAUCUCUGAUGACACGCGGCAAGGUCUGAUCCGCGAUGUGCAUCACGCCCACAACAAAUCUGCUCACAGCUUUCUCGGUCUGCCCUUCUCCGAGUGGAACCACGUCUUUGUCGACCUCGCUCUGCUCUACGCCCGCUCCGCGGAACAAGACAAAUGCUAUCGCAUAUUACAAGACGUCCUCUGGGGCGCCAACGUCUUCUACACGGAUCCGGAAAUUCGAAGCACCAAUUACGCCGUUUCUCUACACUGCGCUCUAACUUUCAACGACUCCCAAUACUGGAUCGAACUGGCCCGCAAGAUCAUCUCCAACGACUCCGACUUCCGCUCCCCCGAAGCCUUCCAACUCUUCGCCGCUCUGAAUCGUUUCUCCUUUGGCUCAAAUUGGUUCUCCUCCGGCCCCUCACAGAAAUUCAUGCUCCGCAUGGUCAAGCAAUUCGACUACCUCGCCAUGGACCCCGCCAUCCGCGGGCGCAUCGACUGGUCGAUACAAAAAUCAGCGCUCAUCUCUCGCGCCGAAAAGUCCGACGAGCAGCCCGUGCGGCCAAGCCUCGACGCCGGCAUCCUGCUCAUCUAUGGCCACAUGGUCGCCGUCGCGAACCACUCCUCCAGUUCAUUACCCUACUACUACCGCGCCCUCGCCCUCCAACCCGAAAACAUCGCCGUCAACCUCUCCAUCGCCACCAUGUGGAUCCAAAAUUCCAUGAAGCGACAAGUUGAAAAUCGACACUUUGGUAUCACUCAAGGCAUCGCUGCCAUGUCGCGAUACUAUGAUUUGCGCAUCAAGUCCGGCAAAGCUUGUCACAGACAGGAAGCGGAGUAUAAUGUGGCGAGAAUGUGGCAUUACCUCGCGCUCACGCACUUGGCUGUGCCGGCGUAUGAGAAGGUGCUCGAGUUGAGUGAGGCGGUGAGGGCGGAGUGGGAGGAGGAGGUGGCGGCUGCGAGGAUGGAAGGGAGAACGGAUGGGUUCGAGGGGAAUUAUGGCGAGGGAGAGGAUUUUGCGAUGGAGGCGGCGUAUGCGUUGCAGGGGUGUUAUGCUUUGGUGGGGAAUUUUGAGGCGGCGAGGAGGAUUGGGGAGGAGUGGUUGGUGAUUUGA